AGUUCACCUUCGGCCAGGUUCCGGUGUUGGAGUUGGACGGCGCCGGUCAAAGGUUCGCUCAGAGCACCGCCAUUCUCACCUACCUGGCCAAGGAGUACGGACAAGAAGAUGGAGAUUGUGAAUAAUGUUAAGAAACCACAUGUGUUCAGCUGUCUAGAACGUCUCCUCGGAGAUAAUGGCACGGGAUGGCUUGUCAGCAAUUCGCUGACGUGCGCUGAUGUCGCCGUGUUUUCUGUGAUCGAAGACCAAGACACUGUAUCCGCCUACCCUCACCUGGCAAGGCUGAAAGAGAAGAUCCAGAACAUUCCAAACAUCCAGAAGUAUCUCGCCACCCGCCCAGAGUCGCCGUACUGAAAUGAUUGGAAUCUUUCCCCGGUUGCUGAACGUCCUGAAUUAUGUACGCAAUUAAAAAAAAGAGGCACCAUUAAUGUAUCAAAUAAACGUGUAAUUUCAGGAGAGA